AUGCACGCCGCCCUGGCGGGGCCGCUGCUCGCCGCCCUCCUCGCCACCGCCCGCGCCCGCCCGCAGCCCCCGGACGGAGGACAGUGCCGGCCGCCCGGAUCGCAGAGGGAGCUGAACUCCUUCCUGUGGACGAUCCGGCGUGACCCCCCAGCGUACCUUUUUGGCACCAUCCACGUGCCCUACACGCGCGUGUGGGACUUCAUCCCGGACAACUCCAAGGCAGCCUUUCAGGCCAGCGCUCGAGUCUACUUUGAGCUGGACCUGACCGACCCCUACACCAUCUCGGCACUGGCCAGCUGCCAGCUGCUCCCGCACGGCGAGAACCUGCAGGACGUGCUGCCGCGGGAGCUCUACUGGCGCCUGAAGCGCCACCUGGACUAUGUGAAGCUGAUGAUGCCCUCAUGGAUGACACCGGCGCAGCGGGGCAAGGGGCUCUAUGCCGACUACCUGUUCAACGCCAUCGCGGGCAACUGGGAGCGCAAGAGACCCGUGUGGGUGAUGCUCAUGGUCAACUCGCUCACGGAGACGGACGUGCGCUCCCGCGGCGUGCCAGUGCUGGAUCUCUACCUGGCCCAGCAGGCCGAGAGGAUGAAGAAGAGCACCGGGGCCGUGGAGCGGGUGGAGGAGCAGUGCCACCCUCUUAAUGGGCUCAACUUCUCCCAGGUGCUGUUUGCCCUGAACCAGACUCUGCUGCAGCAUGAGAGUGUGCGGGCGGGGAGCCUGCAGGCACCCUACACCACAGAGGACCUCAUCAAACACUACAACUGUGGGGAUCUCAAUGCUGUCAUCUUCAACCAUGACACAUCCCAGCUGCCCAGCUUCAUCAACACCACCCUCCCGCCGCACGAGCAGGUGACAGCCCAGGAGAUCGACAGCUACUUCCGCCACGAGCUCAUCUACAAGAGGAACGAGCGGAUGGGGAAGAGGGUCAUGGCACUUCUGCAGGAGAAUGAAGAUAAGAUCUGCUUCUUCGCCUUCGGAGCAGGUCAUUUCCUGGGAAACAACACAGUCAUCGACGUCCUUCGGCAGGCAGGGCUGGAGGUGGAGCACACACCGGCAGGGCAAACAAUCCACAGCCCCGCCGCCCGGAGCCCUGAGCCCCCACCGGAGAGGACCUCGGCGAGUCCGGCCCCAGCCACUCCUGCUGCUGCCGUCCCCGCAGCACCCUCAGCAACCCCCACCAUCCCGCCUGAGGAGGAGGACCCGGCCCUGUCCCCACACCUCCUGCUCCCCGACAGCCUCAGCCAGCUGGAGGAGUUUGGGCGGCAGAAGAAGUGGCACAAGAGGCAGAACAAGCAGCAGAGGCCACGGCAGUUCAAUGACCUAUGGGUUCGCCUCGAGGACAGCACGGCCGCCUCACCGCCCCCGCCGCCCCUGCAGCCCACACACAGCCCUGGGACCGCGGGGCCAGCCUUGCAGCUCUCAGAGCGGCUUCAGCAGCGGGAAGAGCCGGGCCCCACCAGCAGCACCUGCCGCCCCCAGCCCACCCUGGGCCUCCUCCCCGCCAUUGUGGCCGGCGUUGCAGCCUCCCUCCUGCGACACCGCCUUGGGCCCUCCUGA